CGUGAAACCGCCGGAAAAAAAGUUGCCGGAACCUUAAAACCGCCGGAAAAAACCAUCGUGAACCGGGUAAAAAACCCGCGGUUUGGAACCGGAACCGGUCCAACGGUUCCAUGGAACCGGUUCUGGAACCGGAACCGGAACCGGUCCGGUUGAACCGGCUCAACUGUUCCGUGGAACCGGAACCGGAACCGGAACCGGGACCGGUCCGGUUGAACCGGCCCACCGGUUCCAUGGAACCGGUUCGCCAAAAUAUGACCGUUUGUUACCGUUAACUAGCCGUUGCAUUCUCCUCUAUAUAUACUCAUCACUUUCAAUCAUUUUCAUUCACAACUCAUCUCUUCUCCUACUCUCUCUACUUACUCUCUCUACUUAAUUCUUUAAUUACGCAAUUAUUCUCUUAAUUACAUAAUUAGUCUUUUAAUUAUUUCUUAAUUUAGUUAGUUACAUAAUUAAUUAUUUAUUUAUUUCUUAAUUCUAUAUUUCUAUUAUUACUUCAAUUUUUUCAAUCAUGUCUUCAUUUUUGAAAAAAGCCACAAAAAAAGUUACUAAAGUGGCAAAAUCAUUGGGAGGUUCCAGUUCGUCCAAAAGAAAGGCCACUUCUACUCCGUCGGUAUCAACAACACCUUCCAUUAGUAAUUAUAAUUAUGAACAUAAUUAUCCGGAAGGGUACGACCCGGAGUUACAUAAUUAUGCAGAAGAAAUGGAAAGAGAAAUACAAAUUGAUGAAGAAGAAGAACAAGAAGAGGAACCAAUGACCCCAAUUGGGAUAAAUAUAUCUCGACAGUCAUCAACAAGAUCACAUGAAGAACAAGGAGAACAACAACAACAAAGACAAGCUCGUGGUAAACGAGUCAAUUUCCAAACUAUCGAUGAAGAUGAACCAGUAAGACAACCUUUUCCGGCAAUGCCACCUCCUAGUGGUAGAGCUGUUUCACAUGUGUGGUCGUAUUUCACAAAAGAACCAACCGAGAAUCCAGAUAUUUUCUUAUGCACUUGUCAAAUUUGUGAAAGUCAAGGAGUAAAGCCCUUAGUUUCAUACAGUUUCGCCAGAGGUAAAUACUUUUUAAGUUUUUUAUACAUACUGACAUACAUAAUACAUUGAUACAUUAUAUAUUCAUAUUUUAUAAACAUUUAUUUAUUGUGUUUUGUGAAUACGUGUUAGGUGGUGGUACGGGAUCUUUUAACAAACAUUUGGCAAA